AUGGUUUGUAAAUUGUGUGGCCCAAAAUUGUCGCUAUGCGGCCUAGUUCUGAGUGUUUGGGGCGUGAUCCAACUGACCUUGAUGGGCGUUUUCUAUCAUAUUAGAGCAGUCGCAUUAUUAGAAGACCUGCCUCUUGAUGAGGAAGGUGGCCACCACGACAUAGACCACUUCAUUGGUCAAGUUGAAUAUGGAUACACAGUGAAUGCUCAAAAUUGUUGGAUUGCUGCCUUGCUAUACCUAGUCACACUUGUUGUCUCUGGUCACCAAUUCUGGAUGAAUAACCGCUCGUCAGUAAUAAUGGGAAUAUUCUUUAAGCUUGAAGUGGUUGCGUUUAUAGAGGAAGCCGAACCCGAACACCAUAGCUAUGAGGAUUUCGAAGAUUUCAUGAAGCAGACAGAGAAAAAUUAUAGUCUGAUAGCCAUGAACUGCUGGAUAGGAGCAGUCAUUUAUUUGCUUAUGAUCGGAUUGUCUUAUUUAUGUAUAGCCAAAGCGAGGGCCAAUGAAAAGGCGGCAGCGGAACAAGGAAAGGACGAUGAAGAGUUUUGUAAAGGCCUAAUGAAGUCUAAAAACUCUUAG